AUGGAGAUGCCAUCAAGUUUUGGCAAUGCUGGAGGCACAAAGACAAAGGUGUUGAGUGCGACCAGAACAAUGGAGUGUCCUUCACCAUGUCAUGUGGUGGUUUACUUCAUAACCACCCUAGCUUGGGAAAAUUUGCUUGAUCUAUAUCAAUCCAUCCAUUGGACCAACCUCAAUCUGGGCUUCGGAAAGUUCCUGUCAUUGCGGCUGCGGAGGCUGUUCCGGUUGUUAGGUAGGAAGUGGAUCUGGACAGUACAGCACAGCACCCAGCGAAGCUACUUGGUGGUCCUACACUGAUUGUCCAAGCUACUUGGUGGCCCUACUAAUCCUUCUUCUGAAGCUACCAUGGACCGCGAUCGCCAAACCAUCUCCAAACCAAACCCUUUUAAGGUGAGUCUUGAAAGCUUUUCUGUUUUGUUUAGGCGUCGCCGUUCUGCAGUUCUGAGUCUGGUAACAGUUGCAGCUUGAAAGCGGAAGUUCCUCCAAAGAGUUUUGGCGUUUCAGCGGGUCUGGCGUUUGCAAGAAUGUGGAAUGGUUGGUGUUGUGGUGAAGCUCUGCCUUUUACUAUGAGGUCAAUGGCAGUG